UGAGCGUCAAGUAGCGGUGUGAGAGUAGAAGUUCACGGGCGCAGCACGUACAAAAGUACUAUUUCAAUUGCAAGAAGAAUGAUGGCGACGUCCAGCUCCUCGUCCAGUAGCAGUCGGCUACCAGCGCCGGGCUUUUCCGCCUCAACCGCGGCCGCCAGAAGUGCCACCUCCGGCGCGUCUAGUGGCGGGUAUCUGAUUUUUUGCUGCGUUGACGCAGUGACGGAGCGGUCGAAAAACUCACUCGAGGCUCGAUUCGAGUGCGUCGUGGAGCUGCGGAGCAGUAGCGCCACAGGAGGUCGAAAAAUCGUGACCCCCGUCCCGUCUACGGCCGAAGGGCACAUUUUGCUUGAGCUGCCAUCGAGCACGGAGACAGAACAGACGGGCGCAGGGGCUCCUGCUUCUUCAACGCACGACAUUCACAUAACCUUGUACAGUGCAAAUAAUUCAUCUGUAGCGCAUCAGGAACAAGGAGUUUCAGGACCUUCUUCCUCCAGCGGGAGCAGUUCUGGAUCUUCGUUGGAAGUCGGGUCUGCGGUGCUCAGUUACCCUCUUUCACUCGUGCCGAACGCCACGUUGGAUCGCUGGAUCCCCCUCAACGGGACUCGGUACUGCUUCGAGGAAUCCGAGCCGCAACAACCGUCCCCGACCAAAAGCCGCGCGCCGCGGCUGCGCGUGCUGUGCAAGUACGUACCUGGGGACUACGCAGCGGCGGAAAGCGACAUUGACCGCACGUUCCACUGCCAAGAUUUUUUAAUUCUCGCACUGCAGAGUCUCAGUGACGCCAGCAGCAUGUCGUCACCGGAUUUGGUCGUCGGAAGUGGAACAACCACAACUUCGAGUUUUGCGACCGGAGGUGGCACAAUUCCAGGAGCUUAUUCACAUCAAAACAAGAUCGACCUGGUGUCCGGACAAGGACUGGCCGCAGCAGCAUCAAGCUCCUUGGACGGUGUUUCCAAAGUGCCACAGAUCGAACGCAUCGAGCUGACCACGAACCCCAACAGUCUGCUGAGCAGUCCGGCGUACAUCAAUGACUCUUUGAGAAGUAAUGACGGCCACCAGGCGAGGUCGUGUGCUUCGCAGUCAUUGGAGCUGGAAAAGCUUUCCGGGAACGAGUUUGAAAGCGGUAGAGCAGUUGCGCCGUUUCUGUUCGUGUCCGACGCGAACACGGGCGGAGCGCCGUAUGAUCCUUUUACCUCCACCGGGUUCGCAACUCAGGACGCCGGCGUUUCCUCGGCAAGCACGCGCCCGAACCCGUCCGCACCCGGCUCCAGGAUGGCCAACCGGGCGAGCACACGCAGUACCAAAUCCGGACCGCAGGGUGGAGUAACAUCUUCAAGUGUCUCCGCCGGGACCUCGCGGCAACAUUCGCCCGGGAAGAGGACGAAGAAAGGAACAGGACGACUGGCAUCGAGUUCUUCCGCAUCGACGCUGCCCGCAGGCGGGACGACGUCUGGCGACGCCUCGCAGAGCGACCAUGCGGCGUCGACGUUAAGCAAUUUGAAAAAAAGAAUUUCCGAGGGAAAGGGGUUCGCCCCGCUACCGCGGGUCGCCGGCGGAAAUGUGGUAUUGUUUAACUUAGCGAUAGCUGACUGGUGACGCAAAUUUGUUAGACUCACCACAUCAGACAAAAAAAAUGGAAAUCCGCCUCAUUCGAUGUUACGUUUUCCGCAUGACGCAUCAACUUUCGAAGAAAAAAGGCAGGGGGGCAAAAGCAAUAUUUGUUAUGGCUAACGCGAAUUAUAUUCCCCACUUUUUUGAAUUUGAAAGCUGGCGCGCUUUGCGUUCUCUGUGCAUUCCGUUGCCACUGAUUUCUUCGUGCAGGUGUUCAAGUCUACGAAGGACUUCGAGGACGCCUGUUGGGAGCGAAUACGGCCCUACCACCAGAUCAUCGACGUCCUGGAGACAAAGCUAGAAUCCGCGGGCUACGAGCGCGAGAACGUGGAGAUCUACAAGCGCGCCGCGGCGGCGCUGCGGGUGCAAAGCGGCGCGACGCAGGAGAAGUUCAAGGAGUCCUGCAAUCUGUUCGAGCGCAAACUGACCGAGUACGCGAAGCUCGUAGACGAAAGAACCGCAGAAGUGAACACGCUGCGGACACAGUUGAACGAGGUAGAGGCGUUUUUUUAGAAGCAAUGUUCACGCUCCUGCGCACACGGAUUGAUUCGUGUCUCACACAGCCGCUAGUGCUAUCUGUCAUGGUCGGCUUUCUUCUCAAUUAACAAACAGCAACGAGGUUCUGCAGCCUCACACAAAAUUAAUUUCCGCUUGCGCCACAACAGGUCCGUAGUUCCCGUGACUCGGCUUUGGAUGAGGUCACUUUGCACAAGAACGCGAAGGCCAUGUCCGAUACGGAGCCGGUGGAGGCACGAGUUUUGCUGAAGCAAAUCCAGGCACUGGAUAAAAUGUUCAAUGCCGAGAAAACCUUCAAGGAAAAGUAUGCGAAGAAAAUUGAUGAAGUAAAGCCCCUGAAUCGAGUCGCGUUUGGACAAGCAUGCGCAAAGAUGUCGAGCAGCGUUAGCCAGGCUGAAAUUGUUGUUCACCAGAACCAGUAUCAGAGUUGUGCAUGCUACAAAGAGUAGCUCCAAGAAUGAUCACCUUCUUGCCGACUUGGUGCAGGCACAAUUAUUCUUUUUUCGUUUUUAUACCACUCUAGAAAAGCAGCGGCAGGCCGAGAAGACCCUGUACACAGAGAACGAGCUGAAGCUGCGGGGCCAGAUCGAGGAACUCACCGAGCAGCUGCAGGCGACCGAGAACGAGUACGGGCGGACGACGGUGCGAUUACAAGAGAACCUUCAGCUCACCACAGCGGAGCGACAAAGCUUCCAGGAAUGGCGGAAACGGGAGGACGAUUAUCAGAUGAAGUAAACGCAUCCUCAUUAAUUAAGUAUGCGCUUCGUUCAGUAUCAGUGUGUCAAAUGUUUCAUGAUAUGACCCUCUCUCGAUUUUCUUCGUAGGCCUAGGCGUGCCGAAGGGAGGAAACCUACAACAUGGGAACUGCAUCAUGAUCGCAAUACACCAGGAUCAUGACGCUCGAGUCUGAGGUUCGCGACGCGAAGUACAGCAAGUCUCUGGUGUCGGAUUUGAAGGCGCAAAUUGCCCGACAGGACGAGCAAUUGACGACGCGCGCCCGGCAGCUCGAGGAACUGCGCGAGACCUUCGAAAAGCAGCUCAAACAGGAGCUGGAGACCCAACAAAAGCUGGUCCGGGAAAAGCAGGAAGCCAACGAGGAGUUGCGGAAGGUACAGCGGAACUUCGGGGGCGGCGGUAGCGCGGCCGGCACGCCGACCUCGACCGCGAAGAGUCCGGGCGCGACGGCCGCGAUGUGGAACAACCAGCGGGCGCUGGAGCAGCAGAUCACGCUGUUGACGUCCAAAUGCCUAGAGAUGGAGCAGCGACUGAUUAUCGCGGGGGACAUGGAGAAGCAGCGGGAGCAAAUGGAAAACUUCUGCAAGGACCUGGAGCAGCGGGUCGCCGUGCUCGUGUCCGAGAAGGAGGCGCAGGAGCAGCAGUUCGCCGAGCACAUGGCCAGCGAAAAGUCGCGGUCCGAGUUGCUGGAGAAGGACAACGCGGAUCUGAAGCAGCUCUUGCAAGAAAUCCAACCCGAAUUUCACAAGGUCCAGACCGAGCUGGAAAAGGCAACGUUUCAGGUAGAGAAGUCGAAUCAAUGAUCUCUCUCUGAAUUUUUCGUACUGAAGAUGCCGUAGUGCUGGUUUCGAUCUUUUGCUGCAUGUUCGUCAAGGAGUUUUGCAACCAUUCGUUCAUCUGUAGGCGAAGGAAGCCGAAGCACGCAUGGCGGUGAAUGGAGAGGAGAAAAAAUUGCGCGAUAAAUUGAAAGAGGAGCUUGAGGACGUCGUGGCAGAGUGCGCCAUGCUGCGGAAAGGCCGUGACCAGAUCCAGGCGGAGUACGCCGAAAGGAGCAACCGCCUCUGGGACGAAUAUGUUCCCAAGGAGGAGGCACGGAAAAUGAAACGCGCACUUCUGGUAAGUACAUAACAAAUUGUCAUGUGCUGUUAAAAUGUUGGGAGCGCAUCAGCAAAAUGCUUUGGCCUCGUUUAACGCGGUAGAACUAGUGUACGUGGUGCAAAUCAACCACAACAUGUUCAGCUGACAACUACCAAAAGGUGCAGCAGUCACACGCGACGUCGGCUUACCCGCAGUCCGCGCCCUCGUCCACCAUACACGGGCCGGGGUCGCACAGCAGCAGCCCGAAUUUGAGUGUGCGGACGCCGAUGAGCGCGACGGGAUUCCCGAGCCACAGCUUUCAGCACUCCACUCCAGGAACUACCGCUAGUCACCACCAACUUCAGCAGCACUUUCACCUACCAGCCGGCAGCCAGUACCAAAUGAAAACCCCACCCGCGUCUUCCGGGAAAAUGCCAGCAUUGAACAAGACGCCCGUGGUGUUCCCGUCUGACCAACAGAACAACAUCGAGAGCACCACGAUCAACAAUUAUCGCUAUGUGCCCGUGAAAGCCGACAGUGUGGACAAAGCGCUUGCCACCUUGAUCAACCAAGCAAAACCCCCGGUGCCGUUCUACCGCUUAAGCCCAGGCAUCUACCUCUACGGGAGUAGGAAAGUGCUGGUAAAACUGACGAAGCAAAACAAGCUGAUAUUCCGUGUCGGCGGUGGCUACUGCAACUUUCACGAGUUCCUGGAGCAGUUCACAACCUUAGAACAUAAGACAGUAGCCGGGAGCUCGGGCCAGAACUCGCCCCAGGGGUGA